CUGAAAAUGAAGCUUCUAACCAAAACUUGAAGUGUGCCAAGAUGGACUUUAAUGUUAAUGAAAUAACUACAGAUGCUCCAUCAAAUAUGUUAUCUUGUAUUUUAGGUGAGGAUAGACCAAUAACAGUUGAUGAAGCUUGUGAUUUGAGACUUCUGUUAUUUGGAAAUACAGUUGAUACAUUUGGCACAGAAUGGACUGAACAAUCUUUCCACUUCAGAAGACGUCCUUUAUCAUAUGGACUCAGACAGAAAAAACCUGGUCCAUGUGGAGUACUUGCUGCUGUUCAGGCUCAUGUUUUAUAUGAGCUGCUGUUCGGUUCUGCUGCUGUAACCUUAGAUUCAGGACUUUUAAGGCCUAAGGCUGUUGAGCAGAAAGAAGCACUAGCUAGAGCUUUGACAUCAAUUCUGUGGCAGGCAGGAAGAAAAAAGGAAGUUGUGAUUGCUGUGAAGUGGAACAAGAUAGUAUUUGAUUCUUCCAUAACCUCUAACAUCUUACGAGCAGAUGGAAUGAUUGAAUAUUUACGAUUGAAGUAUUUUAGAUCCAGGAAUUGUGUUCUUGAAUAUUUUAUCAAUUUCAUAUCUGAGUUGAUGAAUGAUGACAGUGGAAGCUGUGUCUUGUUUUUAUAUUCUGUUAUAUUAACACAUGGUAUUGAAAGUAUAAAGGAAGAAAUGGAUUAUCCUGAAAGUCAUUUGAUUGGAGAAGAUGGCUAUUGUUCUCAAGAAGUGGUUAAUUUGAUGCUUAUUGGGAAAGCUGUGCCUAAUUUGUUUGAUGGAAAUUUGGAACUUAACUCUGGAGGUGAAGAAAAAUCAAUACAUCGAGGAAUUCCAGGACAAUCUGCCAUAGGCUUAUUGUCAUUAUAUGAGUAUCAAAAUACCUGUACAGUAGGAAAUCACUACAAAAAUCCCGUUUAUCCAAUUUGGGUGUUACUAAGUGGCAGUCAUUUCAGCGUCCUUUUCGGAACUUCUACUGACAUACUUGAAAAAACUUCUCCUGAUGAUUCAUUUCGGUUAUUGUAUUAUGAUGGCUUAUCAGUCCAGAAUGAAGAAAAUUCGUUUAUCAUAAAGCCAUUUGCCAAGCAAGUUGAAGACUCUAAAGACAUGACACUUCCUGCUGUUAUACGUUGUAUCUAUACCAGGUGGCCUCAUGCUUCUAUUGAAUCAGAAAAUAUAGAUUCCUAGUUUGGAGAAUGGACUAUUAUUUUUUAUAAACACCAUGAUAAUAAAUUUAAUAUUUAAAAAAUGA